AUGUCGAUAAAGUCAAGUGAAAUUCUCGAUGAUAUCAAGGAAAAGGGAAAACUGGAGAAUAUGGAAAAUCAUACAAGUGACUCAGGUUUUCUUAUUUGUCAGCUCGGUCGUGAUACAUCAAUCCAUUGUCUUCUUCGAUUGUCAAGGUCUGAUUAUGGAUCAAUUGCUGCAUUAAAUCGAGGUUUUCGAUCACUCAUUAAGACAGGAGAAUUGUAUCAACUGAGGCGAAAACUAGACAUAGUUGAACACUGGGUUUACUUUUCUUGUGAUAUCUCUACAUGGGAGGCCUUUGAUCCAAAUCGUAAUCGGUUGAUGCAACUGCCUAGAAUGACUUCCAAUGUAUGUUUUAUGCAUUCAGACAAGGAGUCAUUAGCAGUUGGUACAGAGCUUCUUGUUUUUGGAAGGGAAAUAAAUGGUCCUGCCAUUUAUAAAUAUAGCAUUUUAACAAAUUCAUGGUUAAAGGGAGAGAAUAUGAACACUUCUAGAUGCUUGUUUGGAUCUGCGAGUUUAGGAGAAAUUGCAAUAUUAGCUGGUGGUUCUGAUAAAGAUGGAAAAAUUAUGAGCUCUUCUGAGCUUUAUAAUUCAGAUACUGGAACUUGGGAGAUUCUUCCAGACAUGAACAUAGCAAGAAAAAUGUGUUCUGCUGUGUUUAUAGAUGGAAAAUUCUAUGUCCUUGGUGGGGUUGGAGUUGAUAAAACAACACAACUAACAUGUGGUGAAGAGUUUGAUAUGAAUACAAGAGAAUGGCACAUAAUACCUAAUAUGUGCCCUCCGCGAAACGAAGGAGAUGGUGUGAAUGGGGAGGCACCUCCUUUGAUUGCAGUUGUAAAAAAUGUAUUGUAUGCUGCUGAUUAUGCACAACAAGAAGUUAAAAGAUAUGUUAAGGAUAAAAACUUAUGGGUCACUAUUGGAAGCCUUCCUGAGAGAACAACCUCAUUAAAUGGAUGGGGAAUGGCUUUUAGAUCAUGUGGAGAUAAGCUAGUUGUUAUUGGAGGUCCUAGUUUUCAAGGUGGAAUGGUAACAGAAAUUAAUGCUUGGAUAGUAGAUGAUGAUGAAGGUGCGCCUCAUUGGAAUUUGCUUGCCAUAAUUCAAUCAGGGAGCUUUGUGUAUAAUUGUGCUGUCAUGGGAUGUUGA